ACGCUGGCAGAGCUGUGGCACACGACUCGUGUACGUGAACGUAGUAGUGUAGGAACGACCGUGGGUCGUUGUAUCGUGUGUACGGCUCCGUCGUAAACUCGUAACACCAACUGCUACCACGUCUUCUGGGCAAAAAAUGCAGGCGGCGGCGGUGAGAGGGGCACACGUUGAUGGUAGCGGGCGACAGCAAGUGCAGCGGCUGCAGACGGCACCUCUGGCGAGGGGGUAGGUGGCGACGGGCUAGGUCCCGCAACGGCCGGCGGUGGGUGACAAGGGGAUGGUGGGAGGCUUGGGCUUGGCUCGUGGUGGAUGGCAGUGGGCGACAGGUGGCUUGGGCUUCCUAAGGGCGGGCUCGACCCACAACUACUGACGGCGGGUGCCUCGGUGGCCGAAUCCACCUCCGCCGAUCUCGUGACGGCGCGAUCCGUCGGCGUCGGCGCUGUGACCGUCAGAUCCGCGUCGCCGUCGUCGGGAUUACUAGGGUUUUGAUUUUUUUUAAGAUAUCUUUUUUUACUUUUAUAUAUGGAUGAUAUAAGCACCCGCGCAUGAAAAUUAUCAUAGACCACUUGGGACGGACGGUCCGUCUUUUACAUGUGAAAAUAGGUUUUGGUCUGCCUGGAAAAACUCUUCCUGUACCAGUGAGUGAUUCUAAAGCUUAUGAUGUGUAGGGAACGGAAUAAGUACGGCUGCAAUUUUGAAGUAGCAGAGAUGCUAAAGUAGUAGAGAUGACGUCGGGCUUCACUUUGAUGCUAAAAAAAACCCUUACCAAAAAGUGGUAAUUUGCCAAAAUUUUAGUAGGAUUUCUUAUAUAGUUACCAAAAAUUAGCAACAAACUAAAUGUAGCCACUUUUUUUGGGUAACUUUACUAAAAUUUGAUAAGAUUAAAAAUGGUAUCAAAGUGAACAGGCCCGUCAUGUAAGAGAGGAAGGAGGGAAGGAUAGCUAUGGGAGAAGGGAAGACAUACGGUGUGAAGGGGAUGGAAGCAUUACGAGUACAAUUUUAAGUAGCAGAGAUCCUAAAGUAUUAUUAGCUCAUCCCAAAAAUGUUCAUAUCGAAUGAACGAAUCAUGUGCACCGCUUUCAUCUCUCCGUACGAUUAGCCAGGCCCAGACACCCAGGAGAUGUCGAAAGGCCUAUAUGGGCCAGAUGAUGUGUCCAGGGCUCAGGCACAUGUCCACGGUCCACCACAAGCGAGGCCCAACUCAGAGUGACACGAGUUCGAGCCCACAGAGUAAAUGCCCAACCCACCACUUCCCCCACCAAUCGCUUCUCCCCCGAUGCCGUCGUCGACGAUCCGGAGCAUCUCCAUCACAGCAUCCGACGACGACGCCGCCGCGGCGGGGGCGCCGUCGGCGGCCCCCCGGCGGGCCCGAGCCGCCCGGCGGAAGGCGGCGCGCGGCCUGGGGCAGCGGGCCGUGCGGCUGGUGGCGCGGUGGUGGCCCGUCCUCCUGCUCCUCCCGGCCGUCGCGCUGCUCCUCUUCGAGGCCUCGCGUCUCCGCGGCGCCUCCCCCGACGGGCCAUCCCCGCACGUAUCCAGCUCCAGCCUCGGCCGGCUCGACCCGACCACCCGCCUCGUCCAUGGCGUGCGCGAGCCUUGCUUGAACUUCCUUAGUCCCAGAAGUAUAGAAGAUUUGGUAUUUCCUGGAGGUACAAAACUUGAUUCUGUGGUCAAGAGGAUUAUAUACAAAUCUGAUGACAACGACUAUGAUACAUACCACUCUGAGGCAAACUCAACGUAUUUGCUGCAACAUGCUGAGGCUACCAGGUUCAAUCUGUUCACAGGAUUUCAGACACUUCCUGAGAGAGAGGAGAGCUUCAAGGUGAAUGAAACUGUUAAUGUGCACUGUGGUUUCUACAGUGACAAUGGUGGUUUCAAAAUUUCUGACAUUGACAUGAGAUAUAUGAGAUCUUGUAAAGUUGUGGUAUCUACUUGUGCGUUUGGUGGUGGGGAUGAUCUAUAUCAGCCUAUUGGAAUGGUCAAUUCUUCAAUUGGAAAGGUCUGCUAUGUUGCUUUCUGGGAUGAGGUCACACUAUCAACUCAGGAAUCUGAAGGAAAAGUAGUCGAUGGCAAUGGAAUGAUAGGAAGGUGGCGCAUAAUUGUUGUCAGGAGCCUCCCAUUUGUUGAUCAACGGUUAAAUGGAAAGAUACCAAAGAUGUUGACUCAUCGCCUUUUCCCAGAGGCAAGAUACUCUAUAUGGGUGGACUCCAAAUACCAAUUCCGAAGGGAUCCAAUAGGUGUGCUUGAAGCACUUCUUUGGAGAACAAAUUCUACCUUUGCUAUUUCUGAACAUGGAGCACGGAGUAACAUCUAUGAUGAGGGUAAAGCUAUUGUUCAAAAGCACAAGGCUACUCCAGAAGAAGUAGAAGUUCAAUUAACUCAGUAUCGUAAAGAUGGGAUGCCAGAUGAAAAAAGAUUACAUGGGUUAAAAGCUUUAUCUGAAGCUUCAGUCAUUGUGAGGGAGCUGGCCCCAGUGACGAACCACUUCAUGUGUGCCUGGUUCAAUGAAGUUGUUCGCUUCACAUCUCGAGACCAACUCAGUUUUCCGUACGUCUUGUGGCGCCUAAACAUGCCAGGAAUCAACAUGUUUACUGUAUGCACUCGGAGGGAUCUUGUGAACAGUUUGGGUCACACAAGAAAAGUAAAACCUCUUCUUACUCAGACCAAUUCAGAGUCAUCUGCCAUGUGAAGCCUUUUUCUGGUUUAUCUGCUGACAAUCAACUAACCGUUGAUUUAUAUUGUUCUGAUCUGCCACACCCUUCGGUCCACAGUUUUGUUGUAAAUUAUUCAUUCAUUAUUCCUCAAAAAUCGUCACGGUCUCUAUGUACAAGGACUUGCACCAUUCACCAGAUAGAUACACGUUAAGAGGCAAACUAUCCUACCUUGAUGGUACCUGUAAAGUUCUCUUUCAUUUGGUGCAAAGGAACAAUAUUGACCCUUUAUAUUUGCUAUAUACGAAUGUGUAACAUAUGAAUUUGUGAUGCACCCGGUGCUGCAAUCUUAUCAAUGAAAAUGAUAUCAUCUUCUGUCCUUUGCACCGUA